CAAGACCCUGUUUCAAAAAAAAAAAAAAAAAAAAAAAAAAAUUCAGGAGCUAUGAUAAUCGUAUAUGAAUAGAAGAACUAUGAAUAUGAGAACAACUUCAAUUCCUUAACAGGAUUCUGGUUUCUGAGAGCUCCAUUCAGAGUCUGCCUUUCCUUGAGAAGCAGGUCCCUCAUCCUUCCCAGUCCUGGGUAUGUCCCAAUGGGAACUGCAUCUUCUUUUCUGUAUCCUCUCUGUCUUUGGGCACAGGGUUGCUCAAUCAACCUUUGAUGAAUGAAGAAUGGAUGGGGGUACCUCAGGCAGGAUCUGACUGGGCCUUUUGUAAGAUUGAGCAGGAGGGUCCAGGAAAUUACUAUUAUUACGUUUCCAAUACAACUGGCCUGGUGUUUUCCUGCAAGAGAAAGUAUAUCUCUGGGAUAAGCACCUUCACCUUCUCUCUUCCCUCACCUACUCUCCACUUCUUUGGGACAAUUAGCCAACACUGGGAGGGAGCUCCAGGGUCUCAGCCCUUCCCCCUUUGGUCCAAAAUAACCUCCUCCUCUACUUUGAGCAAAUGCUUGGAAUUCUUUCAACUGGAGGACAAAGCCUUUCAUCUGCCAAUUACUGAUAAAGAGAAAAUGCAAAUAUGGGGGGGGAAGGUGAUUCAUCAAGGGCCCAACAUUUACUGAGUGGCCACUUAGGACCCGGUGGCAGGGCAGGCAUUCUGGGGGAGGCCAAGGGGAACAAACUCCCGGCUGGCCCAUUCUUCUGUCGCGUUUGUGGUUUCCUCGAGGUUUGUAAAGGGAGGGGAUUAAAUUAGGUGACUACCCAGCCCCUUCCCACUCUGACAAACCAGGAGCUCCUCAUGAGGUGAUAUAUGGACUUAACCGUUUUUACACUAAGGUGGUUACCGUCGGACCUUUUCCUGACUCCAGCUUUUGGGGCCACCACAAGGCCACCUGGGGAGAAAAAAGGGCCUCAGGGAGAAAAAUUAAUUAGAUCAAGCAUUCUAUUUUUUUUUUCCUUUAUUUCACUUAAUUCACUUUGCAUCACUCUCCAAGCUCAUGCACUCUGCUUUGAACAUGUUUAUUUCAUUAUAGGGCAGUAGUGAGACUGGUAAGUUACUAAAAAAAAAAACAAACAAAAAAAACCCAACACCUGAUGGCCAAGCCAGGCUCCAGUGUGAGCCCUGGCAGGGGCACAUAUGAGCUAUGUGAUCCUGGGUGAGUGGCUUUGCUUUUUCUAGUCCUAAUUUCCUUCUUUGCAAAAUAGGAACGAACCAGACUAUCUCUUAAAGGGUUCCUGUGAGAAAGACAGGAGCAAAUAAAAUGGUCCACGAGCUGAAGGCAGAACUCGUAGCAGUCAAACUAAGGGUUACUGAUUGGACGCCGCAGAGCCAAUGUGGGCGAUUUCAGUUUGGAAACAAAUUUUGAUGUUUCCCAGCCUCAUCCUUGCUAAAAGAUUUUUAUAGCUAGUGAACAUGAAUGAAAACAAACUUCAAAGAGUAGCCUUUGGGGGUGGGUGAGAAAGACUACAGAAAGAUAGGACUGGAAACUUCUAAGGUGAGUGAGGGGGAAGCUCUCUUAGGGUGACCAAUACGAUGCUGAUAGUGACAUCCUACGUCAGGCGGGGAAGUCCCUUCCCCCCACCCCCCACAUGUCUAUCUGAUAGCUUGGGGACCGUAUGGGGGAAGAGCAAUCAAUCAUUCAGAGUCAUAAUUUCUCUGAGCCUCAGUUGCCCCAUCCGCAAAAUGACCUGCUCCAACUAUCCCACAGUGUUAAUGGCAGAAAUAAAAUGCCAGGCUCAAAGCCUGCUCUCUACAAAGUCCCUUUAUACUCGCCCUCUUGCCAUGUCAUUUUAUCAUCAUCUGUUACCCCCAAGAGCAGGCCUAGCAAGGCACCGCAGCUGGGGCUGGAGGAAUGUUUAGGGCCAGAUUUCUCAAGCCUAGUCGACCUGAACUGUUGCUCAUGAUGGGAGCACAUCCCAGGACCAGUGCUGGGGUCGUCACAAACACUAGUAAGUGGACAGGAACCUAAUGAAACCCCUGUAUGUACGGAGGUUGCCGAUACCUCUGCUAAGAAGCCCUGUAUGAUUCAUCAAGGGGCACCAGAGUCCCCCUCACCCAUCCCAGAGCCCCAUGCACCUUUCCACCGACUCUUCUAUAAACCGCCAGCAAGGUCUUACCCUUCGCUCCUGUGCGGGCUGCGUUAGGAGGCGCCAGAUCCGAUUCUUUCCGUCUUUCGCUCCUGAGUAUCUAUCUGCUCCCCUGGCCGAGCGCAAGAGCCUUUAAAAAACGUCCAACUUCUGUUUCAAGGCUGGUCGCCUCGUAAAGAACUCCACAGAGGCGGGCAGAAUGAAUGAAUGAAAGGCCACGUCUUCCGGUCAGCUGCGGUCUGCAAAGGCUCUGGUCUGGCUGUAUUUCCUGUACGUGUGUGUGUCCGUAUCUUUGAGUGCCGGGAGUUUAAAAGUUAGGCAAUCCUUAGAGGUGUGGAGCUGAGCUAAUUUCCUUCUGAGUACCCCAAAUGCCUCCUCCAUAUGGCAGGUCUGCAAAUGGGGGGAUCUGCAGAGGAUCACCCCCCACGAAAAAGACAUGCAGCAGCAAAACAAAAAAAGAAAAAAAUUAUAUAUACAAAAUGCUUUGAAUUUGAGUCGGCCACACAGCGCCCGAUUGACCGCCAGCGAUACGACGAGAACGAGGACUUGUCGGACGUGGAGGAGAUCGUCAGCGUCCGCGGCUUCAACCUGGAGGAGAAGCUUCGCAGUCAGCUGUACCAGGGGGACUUCGUGCACGCCAUGGAGGGCAAAGAUUUCAACUAUGAGUACGUACAGAGAGAAGCUCUCAGGGUUCCCCUGAUAUUUCGAGAAAAGGAUGGACUGGGAAUUAAGAUGCCUGACCCUGAUUUCACAGUCCGAGACGUCAAACUCCUAGUGGGGAGCCGACGGCUUGUGGACGUGAUGGAUGUGAACACCCAGAAGGGCACGGAGAUGAGCAUGUCCCAGUUUGUGCGAUACUACGAGACGCCCGAGGCCCAGCGGGACAAGCUGUACAACGUCAUCAGUCUGGAGUUCAGCCACACCAAGCUGGAGCACUUGGUCAAGCGUCCGACCGUGGUAGACCUAGUGGACUGGGUGGACAACAUGUGGCCCCAGCACCUGAAGGAAAAGCAGACAGAAGCCACGAACGCCAUUGCAGAGAUGAAGUACCCGAAAGUAAAGAAGUACUGUCUGAUGAGUGUGAAAGGUUGUUUCACUGACUUCCACAUCGACUUUGGAGGCACUUCCGUUUGGUACCACGUUUUCCGAGGUGGGAAGAUUUUUUGGCUGAUUCCUCCAACGCUGCACAAUUUGGCGCUGUAUGAGGAGUGGGUGCUGUCAGGCAAACAGAGUGACAUCUUUCUGGGAGACCGUGUGGAACGAUGCCAAAGAAUUGAGCUGAAACAGGGCUACACAUUUUUCAUCCCUUCCGGUUGGAUCCAUGCCGUCUACACCCCUGUAGACUCAUUGGUCUUCGGUGGAAACAUCCUGCAUAGCUUUAACGUGCCCAUGCAGCUGCGGAUCUACGAGAUUGAGGACAGAACACGGGUGCAGCCAAAAUUCCGUUACCCCUUCUACUAUGAGAUGUGCUGGUAUGUCCUGGAGAGAUACGUGUACUGUGUGACCCAGCGCUCCCACCUCACUCAGGAAUACCAGAGGGAGUCGAUGCUUAUUGAUGCCCCGAGGAAGCCCAGCAUAGACGGUUUCUCUUCGGAUUCCUGGCUGGAGAUGGAGGAAGAGGCCUGUGAUCAGCAGCCUCAGGAGGAGGAGGAGAAGGAUGAGGAGGGCGAGGGCAGAGACAGGACGCCCAAGCCACCCACCGAGGGUUCUGCCUCACCCACCAGCACACCCUCUGAGGACCAGGAGGCCCCCGGGAAGAAGCCCAAAGCGCCUGCCCUGCGGUUCCUCAAAAGGACUUUGUCCAACGAGUCAGAGGAGAGUGUCAAGUCCACCACGCUGCCCGUGGACUACCCCAAGACGCCCACUGGCUCUCCUGCCGCGGAGGCUGCUGCCAAAUGGACCCAUCUCACCGAGUUUGAACUGAAGGGCCUGAAAGCUCUGGUGGAGAAACUGGAAUCCCUCCCAGAGAACAAGAAGUGUGUCCCCGAGGGCAUCGAGGACCCCCAGGCACUCCUGGAGGGUGUGAAGAAUGUUCUGAAGGAGCACGCAGAUGAUGACCCUAGUCUGGCCAUCACUGGGGUCCCUGUGGUGACUUGGCCAAAGAAGACUCCAAAGAACCGGGCUGUGGGUCGGCCCAAGGGGAAGCUGGGCCCGACCUCCGCGGUGAAGUUGGCCGCCAACCGGACAACUGCAGGAGCUCGGCGACGCCGGACGCGAUGCCGCAAGUGCGAGGCCUGCCUGCGGACCGAGUGCGGAGAGUGCCACUUCUGCAAGGACAUGAAGAAGUUCGGGGGCCCCGGGCGCAUGAAGCAGAGCUGCAUCAUGCGGCAGUGCAUCGCGCCAGUGCUGCCCCACACCGCCGUGUGCCUCGUGUGUGGCGAGGCAGGGAAGGAAGACACGGUGGAAGAAGAGGAAGGCAAGUUUAACCUCAUGCUCAUGGAGUGCUCCAUCUGCAAUGAAAUCAUCCACCCCGGAUGCCUUAAGAUUAAGGAGUCAGAGGGUGUGGUCAACGAUGAGCUUCCAAACUGCUGGGAGUGUCCGAAGUGUAACCAUGCCGGCAAGACCGGGAAAGCCUACAAGCAAAAGCGUGGCCCUGGCUUUAAGUACGCCUCCAACCUGCCCGGCUCCCUGCUCAAGGAGCAGAAGAUGAACCGGGACAACAAGGAAGGACAGGAGCCUGCCAAGCGGAGGAGUGAGUGUGAGGAGGCACCCCGGCGCAGGUCGGACGAGCACCCCAAGAAGGCGCCCCCAGACGGCGUCCUGCGAAGGAAGUCUGACGAUGUGCACCUGAGGAAGAAGCGGAAAUACGAGAAGCCCCAGGAGCUGAGUGGACGCAAGCGGGCCUCAUCGCUUCAAACGUCCCCCGGUUCCUCCUCUCACCUCUCGCCGAGGCCCCCUCUAGGCAGCAGCCUCAGCCCCUGGUGGAGAUCCAGUCUCACUUACUUCCAGCAGCAGCUUAAACCUGGCAAAGAAGAUAAGCUUUUCAGGAAAAAGCGGCGGUCCUGGAAGAACGCGGAGGACCGCAUGGCACUGGCCAACAAGCCCCUCCGGCGCUUCAAGCAAGAACCCGAGGACGAUCUGCCUGAGGCACCCCCCAAGACCAGGGAGAGCGACCACUCCCGCUCCAGCUCGCCCACUGCGGGACCCAGCACUGAGGGGGCUGAGGGCCCAGAGGAGAAGAAGAAGGUGAAGAUACGCCGGAAGCGGCGGCUCCCCAACAAGGAGCUCAGCAGGGAGCUGAGCAAGGAGCUCAACCACGAGAUCCAGAGAACGGAGAGCAGCCUGGCCAACGAGAACCAGCAGCCCAUCAAGUCGGAGCCUGAGAGUGAGGGCGAGGAGCCCAGGCGGCCCCCGGGUGUCUGCGAGCGCCCCCACCGCUUCAGCAAGGGGCUCAACGGCACCCCCCGGGAGCUGCGGCACCAGCUGGGGCCUGGCCUGCGCAGCCCGCCCCGAGUCAUCUCCCGGCCCCCGCCCUCUGUGUCCCCGCCCAAGUGUAUCCAGAUGGAGCGCCAUGUGAUCCGGCCACCCCCCAUCAGCCCCCCGCCUGACUCACUGCCCCUGGAUGACGGGGCAGCCCACGUCAUGCACAGGGAGGUGUGGAUGGCCGUCUUCAGCUACCUCAGCCACCAAGACCUGUGUGUCUGCAUGCGGGUCUGCAGGACCUGGAACCGCUGGUGCUGUGAUAAGCGGUUGUGGACCCGCAUUGACCUGAACCACUGCAAGUCUAUCACACCCCUGAUGCUGAGCGGCAUCAUCCGGCGACAGCCCGUCUCCCUCGACCUCAGCUGGACCAAUAUCUCCAAGAAGCAGCUGAGCUGGCUCAUCAACCGGCUGCCUGGGCUCCGGGACUUGGUGCUGUCGGGCUGCUCAUGGAUCGCAGUCUCUGCCCUUUGCAGCUCCAGUUGUCCACUGCUCCGGACCCUGGAUGUUCAGUGGGUAGAGGGACUAAAGGAUGCCCAGAUGCGGGAUCUCCUGUCCCCGCCCACAGAUAACAGGCCAGGUCAGAUGGACAAUCGGAGCAAGCUCCGGAACAUCGUGGAGUUGCGCCUGGCAGGCCUGGACAUCACGGACGCCUCCCUGCGGCUCAUCAUCCGCCACAUGCCCCUGCUCUCUAAGCUCCACCUCAGUUACUGUAACCACGUCACCGACCAGUCCAUCAACCUGCUCACCGCUGUCGGCACCACCACCCGAGACUCCUUAACCGAGAUCAACCUGUCUGACUGCAAUAAGGUCACUGAUCAGUGCCUGUCCUUCUUCAAACGCUGUGGAAACAUCUGUCAUAUUGACCUGAGGUACUGCAAGCAAGUCACCAAGGAAGGCUGUGAGCAGUUCAUAGCCGAGAUGUCUGUGAGUGUCCAGUUUGGGCAAGUGGAAGAAAAACUCCUGCAAAAACUGAGUUAGUCCAAGGACAAGUAUGUAAAUAUGGGGUGGGCUCUGGGAGGGGGAAAGACUUUACAAAAAUGAGGGCUUUUAUUUUCCACUUGGAACUUGGGACAACAGACCACAAAGCAAUUCCAUUUUGCAAGUCUUUCCAAGGGAGAAGCUGUUCAACCACCCGUUUGGGGGAUGUGUGAGCCGACACUUUCCUUUGCUCUAAGUCGUAACUGCACUGCUUUCUGGACCAUUUCUAAGGUGGCUUUUAUAAGAAGACAUUCCUGUCGGAGAGGAGGGUGGACUGUGGAGAAAUUCUCAUACUGAAGCGUGAGCUUAGGAGUUUCUGUUGGUGGUGGUGGUGGUGUUUUGAACACUUCAUUCCUUGCAACUCUGAGGUUUUGGGUGUUGACAUCAAGUGGACCACACACCACAUCUGCUGCCGUCUUGACACACUUUUUGUUUGGUUUUGUUACAUCUUACAUUAUGCAGAACUAUUUUUGUACAAAUUGUUUAAAAGUUAUUUAUGCAAGGUUUGAAUGCAUACCAGUGUUUUUAUUGUUUUGAGAUUGCCAAUUUUCCUGAUUUCCUUAAGGUAGGAGAGAACUUAACAUGUACUUCAUUGACACAACCCAUCUACGAAUGUGCCCAGAUCUAACAAAGCAGGCUAAGACCUUCCACUUAAAAGCAUGUUUAAUUGGAAGUUGAGAGCCUGCUUUGUACCUCAAGAGUUUCAUGAGCAUGUUGUGUAUAAAUGUAAAUUAUAGUCGAAGUAAGAUACUUUGCCAAGUUUCCUCUGUAGAGAAUUCACUUUUCUCAAAUUUUAAAAUUUCGACUUCAGCCUUUGCACUCAGGAGGGUCUGCUCCAGCAUGAGCUCUUGUACUUACAUAGAUCUAAUUUAUACAGUGAGUCAAGACGUAGAAUAAAUGCUCCCACAUAGCCUUUCUUUUCGUUUUUUCUCUCCUCUGAAGUGUGGGUUGAGUUCUCAUUUAGGUUUGUAACAUGGCUAUUUCCUAGUUGUAAGGUUCUGCAUUUAUAAGUGCCAUUGUUGUAAGGUGGUGUUUCCUAGACCUUCCCUGAUUCGAUUUUACCUUUGUUGAGUUUGUAUAAACAAUUGUACAAAAAAAAAAAAAAAAA